AUGCGUUCAAUUGCACACAUCAUCCCCGCCCUUGUUGGGUUUGGGAUACCAUCGGCUAUGUCAUUCAGCAUCCCUUCUCCGCAGCAGAUCCUCGAGUCAUUCUCAGGUACCGGCAACGAAAUCUGUCCGCAGGCAUCCAAGGUCAGCUUUCCAGAGGAUGGACUGCUUUCUGCUCUUCGAUUUGUCCAAGACGAAGCUGUUCGCUCGCAACAGGCCGAGCGUCUCUCCAAAGCUAUUCAGGUUCCCACCACAGUCAAUGAUUACAUGACCGAUCCAUACGACGAGGGGUUCGCCCCGUUUGUCGAGUUCCAGGAACUUCUCGAAUCACUUUUCCCACUUCUCCACUCGCGUGCUCGCGUAGAUCACGUCAACAGAUUGGGCCUUCUCUUUACUGUCAACGGCACAGAUGACUCACUCAAGCCAUUGUUGUUCAUGGCUCACCAGGAUGUUGUACCAAUCAAUGAUCCAUCGGAUUGGACAUACCCGCCGUUUGCUGGCCACUUCGACGGUGAAUUCAUUUGGGGUCGUGGCGCCAGCGACUGCAAGAACGUUCUGAUUAGCUUGCUGUCCGUCAUUGAGGACCUGCUCCACCAGGACUGGCAACCAGCCCGCACAGUUGUGCUUGCGUUUGGUUUCGACGAGGAAUCCAAGGGCUUUCUCGGCGCCGGCCAUCUCUCCGCCGCCCUAGAGCAGCGAUACGGCCGUGACAGCUUCGAAUUCAUCCUCGACGAAGGUGGGAUGGGACUCGAGACCCUCGGCGACAACGACGAUAUUAUCUACGCGCUCCCCGGAGUCGGCGAAAAGGGAUACAUAGACAUCGUCUUCGCCUUGGAUGUCACGGGCGGCCACAGCUCCAUUCCACCCCCGCACACGGGCAUCGGCAUCAUGUCGGAGAUCAUCUACACGCUCGAGCGCCAGGACCUCUUCGUCCCCGUUCUGAACGACGAGCACCCUUCCCGCAGGAAGCUCGAGUGCCAGGCACGCUACUCCCCAGACUACGUUGAGCCGUGGCUCGCGUCCGCCCUCAGGUCCUCAGACCACGCCGCCGUCGCCGAGAAGCUGGCCGUCGCCCGCGGCGACAUGUUCCGCUUCAACCUGCAGACCUCCCAGGCCGCCGACAUCUUCCACGGCGGGAUCAAGUCCAACGCCCUGCCUGAGAAGAUCUCCGCGCUCGUCAACUACCGCGUCGCCCUGCACCAGACCCCCGAAGUCGUCAAACAGCGCGCCAUCGACAUCAUCCGCCCCAUCGCCGAGAAACACAACCUGACCUGGAGCGCGUUCGAAGACCCCGCCACCGCCAACGAAGAACCUGCCCCCAGGAACAACCACCUCGCCCUAUCCAUCCUCAGCACCCCCCUGGAUCCCGCGCCCACCAGCCCGACCAACGUCAGCACCGACGCCGUCUGGGCCCGCUUCGCCGGCGUCGCGCGCACCUCCUUCGAGUCCGUCCCUAGCCUGAAGGGCAAGACUGUCGUGGUCAGCGGAGAUAUCAUGGGUGGGAACACGGACACGCGCUUCUACUGGUCUCUGUCGCGCAAUAUCUAUCGCUGGAGCCCAGCGCGCAAGGACGCAAGCGUCAAUAUCCACACCGUCGACGAACGCAUGUCGAUUGAUGCCCAUCUCGAAGCGAUGGUUUUGUAUUACAAUCUUAUUCGAUCCUUCGAUAGCUGGAAACAUUCCGCCGAGGUUGUUGCCGAUCUCUAA